CAAGAUGGCUGACUGACUAAACAACUUGUCUUAGCUUGUUUUAUUGUCUUAUUUAACCUCCCUUUUUCUUACAAGAUUAACUAAAACUACAGCCAAAUAUGUAGAUAAAACUUAUGGGAGUAGAGUUCGUUUUCCUAUAUGGACCUCCUUAUGCGGGUAAAACCCUGUUUUAUUUGAAGCAUUUUCAARCCACUCACCUACGUGUGUGCCCAAGUGCCAUAUUUGAUUCUAAACCUGACAUUACCUUGAGAAGCCUGAUACUUAAAAUUGUGACCAUUUUAAAGAAGGGUCAAAGUGUUGUUCUUGAUGAUGAAAAUGAGUUCAGGCACACAAGAGCAUCUUAUAUCGACCUCAUCAAAACCAAGGUACCAGACUGCCRGCUCCUUUGUAUUGAGCUCUUGGUCAAUCCAAGCCAUGGCCAUCUUCAGUGUAACUGGGCAAGAGAAUGGAACAUAGCACAAGUGUUCCUUGGUGAGAGGAUAAURUCCAAGUUUAAUCCCUUGGAGAAGGAAAGAAAGCUUUGUCAGUGGUUUGAAGAAGAGAAAAUAGAUGCUCCUUGUGAAUCUGAGGGCUUUGAGGUGUCUAGAUUACAGAUAGGGUUGUCUUGUGAAAGUCCAUUCAAGUUUGAAAUCCCAGCCUUGAUGAUUCAGAUGGAAGUUCUAAGUCCUGAGAAAGCUGAUGAUGAUCCAUCCAAUUUAGAAAAUCUUUCCACCCUCAUUAACACAUGGAGCUCUGUUAAUACAACUGGCAGAGUAAUCUUCCUGGGUAACUUCCAGCAUUCUUGCAGCCAAGCUGGACUAGGUGAAGAUGCUGGUAUUGGCAAAGAAACAUCUAARUAUGUUGAAUGCUGUUCAUGCCUUAAUCAUGCCAAAGAAAGGUUGAGACAACUUGCAUUGAAGGUACACACACCCUUAUACUUUGCAUUAGUAGACUAUUCACUCCUGAAAUACCCAUUUAUUAUACCACCACAACCAGGGCAGGUAGCAUGGAUACAGAGACUUCACACUAUUGACAUCACUCACAAGUCAUCAUUAUAUGUCUGUACAACGGAGAAACACACCAAGAUGGCUCAGUCUGCUGGUUUAAAGACAUUCAAGGCAAAAUCAGUAUUAAAUAAUCCAAAAAUCGUUUUAAAGGUCACUUCCACCAGGACAAAGCAGUCAGUGGUCCCUGUAUGUGUUUCUGAUUCGACAGUGUAUUACCAUGGAAACCUAAUUCUACCAAGUGUUUUUGAGUUGGAAUCAACAAGUUCUGCUUCUGGCGCACGACCUUCUCCACACAUACCCCUCUUGGAUAAAGCCAGAGAUUCUUGUAAACAAGUGCAACCGCCUUGUAUUGUAACAGAGUUUGCUAUGGGUCGGUGUCAUGGAAUUUGUUUCAAAAACUUGGAAAUGCUAGAGAAGUACCAAGAAUUGUACAACAAUUCUGCGUCACCUACUGAAGACUUCUUGUGUACUCCAUUCAAACCUGACAGUAUAAAUCCUCUAGUAGCUUCAGAAGCUACCGAUCGACAGAACAUUGUUACGACUGUACCAAAAUUAGCUGAAGAUCAACAAGAUGUUAACGCUGAUACUUKUCACGAGACAGAUUUGAAGACAUUAAACUCAGAUGGUAUAACAGCUGUGUCAUCUCAAGGUGAAAACGAAAAGAUACAAGGCUUAGCGUCGUAUUGUAUCAAGAUAGAGCUAGAAGACAUAGARAGGCUUGCUCUUAGUAAAAGUCGAUACAACAAAGGGAAAGUAAUGCAGCACCACAUCAAGGAUCUCAUAACAACACCUGAUAAUGCUGAAGAAUUACUACAAAUAUCCUGCACUUGUACAGGCUCCCAAGGACAAGAUUAUGAUGUAAUUGCCGUUGUUGGAAAUCAUGGUAUAAAACAGGCAAAGUGUUCGUGCCUGGAUUCUKCCGGCAAGACUGGACAGUGUAAACAUGUGGUUGCUAUGUUACUGAUGUAUGUUGAUAUGUAUGUAUGUAAGGAUGAACAGAAUAUUAAGGAGAAAUUAAUUCCAAAUCCAGUUUCACACCCAGAGAAAAAUGAGAGCGGAAAACAUUCAAAAUCCUUUCAAAGGAAACGCAAAAGUUCAAAGAGAGCCGCUGGUUGGCAAAACACUAUUUAUGUUAUGAGUUCUCAAGAACUGCUGGAAACGGCGCAUCAAAUMUUACAAGAGCAUAGCCAAAGUAAUAAAGAUAAAACUGAAGACAAGAAAGAUGAAUCAGAAGUAUUUUCCCAAGAAACAAAAACACCAAAAGAUAUUUUAUCAAUAGAAACAAGCCGAGAACUUCCUAGUGAAGAAGAAACUGCUGAGAAUGCAAGCGAUACUUCCAUGAAACAACACAAGUCAUUUUUUGAAGAUGAGCUUUUGAAGAGAUCUCCAAAAAGAAAUAUAACUGAGAAAUGCAAUCAAACUAUUGAAGAAGAAAAGACAGAUAUAACUUGCUCGCUUCAUGAAGAAACCAAACGACAGAAAACAAGUUACGGAAAAUCAAUAUUAGAUGAAAUUAUCUGAAACAGGGAUUGCUAAUUUUCGUUCAGCAUAAUGGUUAAUAGGCCACGUUCGUUCUUGGCAGAGACAUAAGUAGUAGGGUAGGGGCAGCACGAGCCCUUUUUUGGACGGGGAAGGGGACGGGGAAGGACGGGGAAGGACGGGGAAGGACGGGGAAGGACGGGGAACCUUACUUAUUCAUUAAAUAUUACCAUAAAACGACGGGUAGGUAUUGUUAUGCAAGUUUGUGCAAGUCUUUUGUUUAGCAAUCCAAUUUAUAGAGCGCGGGGAUUUUGAAUUUUUUAUUCCAAAACUCAACCAACCAACCAAGCAGGCAAGACCUAAAAAUUUACUUUUGAGAAACGCAAUUGCUACGUUAUUCCAGUUAGGCUCUCGAGGAGUAUUACGAGUAUUACGCUACCGUCAAUGAAUUCAAAAGACUAAUGAAAAUAAAAGUUUUUUGAAACAA